CCCGGCUCGACGCCCGCUCUCUGGUUGACACCCCGCCGGCGGGGUCGCCAUGGUUCAUUUCUUGCACCCGGGCCACACGCCCCGGAACAUCGUCCCUCCCGACGCUCAGAAGGAUGCCCUGGGCUGCUGCGUGGUACAGGAAGAGGCAUCUCCCUACACUUUGGUCAACAUCUGCCUGAAUGUCCUGAUUGCUAACCUGGAGAAACUGUGUUCUGAAAGACCUGAUGGAACGCUGUGCCUUCCGGAGCAUUGGAGUUUCCCUCAGGAAGUAGCUGAUCGAUUUCUCAGGGUGAUGACUUGGCAAGGCAAGCUGACUGACAGAACAGCAAGCAUUUUCCGAGGCAACCAAAUGAAACUGAAGCUGGUCAAUAUCCAAAAAGCUAAAAUCUCUACAGCUGCAUUCAUAAAAGCCUUCUGCCAUCAUAAGCUCAUUGAACUGAAUGCUACUGCAGUGCACGCUGACCUCCCUGUUCCAGACAUCAUAAGUGGACUCUGCAGCAAUAGCUGGAUCCAGCAAAACCUCCGGUGUCUCCUGUUAGACUCGACAAGCAUCCCUCGAAAUUCAAGUUUACUGUUCUUUAGUCAGCUCACUGGUCUUCGCAUUUUAAGUGUUUUUAAUGUUUGUUUUCAUACUGAAGACCUGGCUAAUGUUUCUCAGUUACCAAGACUGGAAAGCUUAGAUAUCUCUAAUACUCUGGUCACUGAUAUUUCUGCACUGCUUACCUGUAAGGAUCGAUUGAAGUCUCUUACAAUGCACUAUCUAAAAUGCCUGACCAUGACCAAAUCACAAAUUCUUGCAGUCAUUAGAGGACUUACGUGUCUGCUUCACCUUGAUAUUUCUGAUCACAGGCAACUCAAAUCAGACCUAGCUUUUCAUUUGCUACAGCAGAAGGAUAUCCUGCCCAAUGUUGUGUCAUUGGAUAUUUCUGGGGGCAUAUGCAUCACUGAUGAAGCUGUAGAACUAUUUAUACAACAGCGGCCUGCCAUGCAAUUUGUGGGACUAUUGGCCACAGAUGCUGGCUCUUCUGACUUCUUUACUACAAAGCAAGGCUUGAGGGUUGCUGGAGGAGCCAGUAUGAGUCAGAUUUCAGAAGCUCUGAGCCGAUACAGGAACAGAUCAUGUUUUAUGAAGGAAGCCCUCUGCAGGCUAUUCACAGAGACAUUUUCAAUGGAGGUAACCAUGCCUGCUAUUUUAAAGCUUGUGGCUGUAGGAAUGAGGAAUCACCCGUUGGAUUUGCCAGUGCAGUUCACAGCCAGUGCUUGCGCUCUCAACCUAACACGCCAGGGCCUGGCCAAGGGGAUGCCUGUUCGCCUGUUGUCAGAGGUCACCUGUCUACUUUUCAAGGCUCUGAAAAAUUUCCCCCAUUAUCAGCAGUUACAGAAGAAUUGUCUUCUCUCCUUAACCAAUUCCAGGAUUCUUGUGGAUGUUCCGUUUGACAGGUUUGAUGCUGCCAAGUUUGUCAUGAGAUGGCUGUGUAAGCAUGAAAACCCCAAGAUGCAAACAAUGGCAGUGAGUGUCACCUCUAUUCUAGCUCUGCAGCUCUCACCUGAGCAAAUGGCACAGCUUGAAGAGCUCUUCAUGGCAGUUAAGGAACUUCUAGCAAUAGUAAAACAAAAGACUACUGAGAAUUUAGAUGAUGUCACCCUCUUGUUUACUUUGAAAGCACUUUGGAAUCUUACAGAUGGGUCUCCAGCUGCCUGCAAGCACUUUAUUGAAAAUCAAGGAUUGGAAAUCUUCAUCCAAGUCUUGGAGACCUUUUCAGAGUCAGCAAUACAAAGCAAAGUACUUGGUCUUUUGAACAAUGUAGCAGAAAUCAGAGAGCUCUCUUCCAAGCUGGUGACCGAAGAUGCGCUGAAGCAUAUCAACAGUUUACUCUGUAGCAGGGAAAUGGAAGUCAGCUAUUUUGCUGCAGGUAUCAUAGCCCACCUGACAUCUGACAGACAGCUUUGGAUAUCCCGUGACUUCCAGAGGCGUGCUCUUCUCCAAGAUCUGCAUGCAGCCAUCCAGAAUUGGCCAAGUUCAAGUUGUAAGAUGACAGCAUUGGUGACCUAUAGAUCUCUCAAGACAUUUUUCCCACUCCUAGGCAACUUCUCUCAACCAGCGGUUCAGCUCUGGGCACUAUGGGCUGUGUGUCAUGUCUGCAGUAAAAAUCCCAGCAAAUACUGCAAAAUGUUAGUUGAAGAAGAAGGAUUGCAGCUUUUGUGUGAUAUCCAGGAGCACAGUGAGGCAACUCCCCAAGCACAGCAGAUUGCAGCCUCCAUUCUGAAUGACUUCAGAAUGCAUUUCAUGAAUUAUCAGAGGCCCACUCUGUGUCAAAUGCCCUUCUGAACCUAAGGGACUAAGAGGUCUGCACUCUUCCUCAGUGUCCGGUGUUCUGCCCUGGCAGUAAUUGCACAUCAGUUGUCAUUGGAGUUUGUGAGUUGGCUGUCUCAUUGGCCUUUGAUUGUUGAUUUUAUAUAUGUUACAAAAGGUUGGAUUUGUAUGAUAGCCAUAAUCCCAAGUCAGGUUGGACUCAUUCUGCAGCCUUUCAGCAGCAAUUUUGAAGACUCAAACUGUGGACUCUGGGAAGACCUGGGAGCUUGUGUUGGAACAGCUAUGCCAGUUACUUUUCUCUAGCCCUGGACAAUUUUUUCACUUUGGGAGCUUGUCAUGGGAGCAGGACCUGUUCCCCUAGAAGAGAAAAGAAAGACCUACAGGGAGACUUUGAUAUUUAUAUUAAAUUUCCUUAGUUGUUAUUGUCAUGUGAAGCUAUGAGAAAAGCAUGGGAAGCAUAUGCUUGACAAUGUGGUGUUUAGAAGGCAGAACCCCUGUUGGAGAGGGGGAAAAAGAAUUUAUUUAUUUAUUUAUUUAUCUGUGGCUGGGUGUGGUGGCUCACGCCUGUAAUCCCAGCAC